GCUGUGCCGGCUUCCUCACUUACGCUUUGCAGAGCUGGAACACAAAGACCACGAUUGUUACCCAAUAAGCCUGAGUCACAUACUUCUACCAAUCGCCUUAGGAGAGCUGGUUACCAUGGAAUCCACCAUCUGUUCACUCCCCGCUGCCGGAAUGUGAUUAUCCUUGCUGGGCUGGGAACGUGGCGUUAGCAAGGGAGUCUGUGUAGUGUGAGAUUAUCUGCGGUGCACUGGGCUAUGGGGAGACUCCAUUUGGCUUACUGGAAGAACAAAUGAGGGGAAUUGUGCUCCAGCCAUUUGUGACUUGUAACCACAAGGAAUAAAUCAGCUUUUCUAGGGCAUCAAUACCUGUCCAAAGGUCGGUCCACCUCCUACAACAAGCAACACAACCACAGAGGCUCAGGGAAUAAAUGGGAGGACACCAGCAAAACGCUCAGCUGCAAGUCCAAAGCCACAAGUGCCUCCAAAGCCAUUAUACCUGCAGAAUUUACCUUCAUCCCAUACACCCCAAGUCCCCAGGCAUAAAGCUUUACCGAGUGCAAAACCAAGGAUGGAGGAAGCUAAUCCGGCCCCUACUUCAUGUGCCUCAAAAGGAAAACCCAGUAAGGUGUCAGAUCUCAUCAGUCACUUUGAAGGAGGCAGUGUUUUGUCAAGUUACAUUGACUUGCAAAAAGAUUCUACAGUGAACCUAAAUAUUCCUCAAACUCCAGGACAGCAUGGAUUGACCUCCACACCUCGGCAGAAAUUCCUAGCACAGCACUCUCCACAGAAGCAGGAAAAUGAUGCAGAUCAGACUCGGGGCCAACAUAGUUGUUCGGCCAACGGCGUGGUGGCAGCACAAAACCAGAUGGAAUGUGAAGAUGAGAAAGAGACUACGUGUAGCCCAGAGACCUCUGUUCAAACUGAUGUGGCCUCUCUUCAUACACACUUGGUGAAUGGAGAAAGAAAUGAAACUACCACAGAUCCUGCAUCAUCCAUAACCAAUAGCCAUGAUGAAAAUGCUUCUGACAGCUGCGGGGCUCCAGGAGCUGACUUAGGGCUGCCCUCCAAAGGAGGAGGGCCGGGAAUGGAAACUGAGCUACAAGAGAAGGAAAAUGGAGUGAGCACCAUGGAACUGGAUAAGCUGGACCAGCACCAUGAAAUGAAGGAGACUAAUGAACAGAAACUUCACAAAAUAGCCAGUGAACUUUUGCUCACCGAAAGAGCGUAUGUCAGCCGGCUCAACCUCUUAGAUCAGGUAUUUUAUUGCAAACUAUUAGAAGAAGCAAACCGAGGCUCAUUUCCUGCAGAGAUGGUGAAUAAAAUCUUUUCUAACAUUUCAUCAAUAAAUGCCUUCCACAGUAAAUUUCUAUUACCAGAGCUGGAGAAGCGAAUGCAAGAAUGGGAAACUACUCCCAGAAUUGGAGAUAUCCUGCAAAAGUUGGCGCCAUUCCUUAAGAUGUACGGAGAAUAUGUAAAAGGAUUUGAUAAUGCGGUGGAACUAGUUAAAAACAUGACAGAGCGUGUUCCCCAGUUCAAAUCAGUGACUGAAGAGAUUCAGAAACAGAAGAUCUGUGGAAGCUUAACCCUGCAGCAUCACAUGCUGGAGCCUAUUCAGCGGAUCCCUCGCUAUGAGAUGCUCCUUAAGGACUACCUGAAGAAGCUGUCCCCUGAGUCCCCAGACUGGAAUGAUGCGAAAAAAUCACUUGAAAUUAUAUCUACAGCAGCAAGUCAUUCCAAUAGUGCAAUAAGGAAAAUGGAGAACCUGAAGAAACUCUUAGAGAUUUAUGAGAUGUUGGGAGAAGAAGAAGACAUUGUAAAUCCCUCAAAUGAACUAAUAAAAGAAGGACAAAUCCUCAAACUAGCAGCUCGGAACACAUCAGCACAAGAACGCUACCUCUUCUUAUUCAACAACAUGUUACUAUAUUGUGUGCCCAGAUUCAGCUUGGUGGGCUCAAAAUUUACAGUUCGAACCAGAGUUGGCAUUGAUGGAAUGAAAAUUGUGGAGACUCACAAUGAAGAAUAUCCACACACUUUCCAGGUGUCUGGGAAAGAGAGAACCCUGGAGCUGCAAGCCAGUUCUGAACAAGACAAAGAAGAAUGGAUCAAGGCCCUUCAAGAGACUAUUGAUGCUUUUCAACAAAGGCAUGAAACCUUCAGAAAUGCAAUUGCAAAGGAUAAUGACAUGCACCUAGAAGUGUCUACUGCUGAGCUAGGAAAGAGAGCCCCGAGAUGGAUACGUGAUAAUGAAGUGACAAUGUGCAUGAAGUGCAAGGAGUCCUUCAAUGCACUGACAAGAAGACGACAUCACUGCCGGGCGUGUGGACAUGUGGUUUGUUGGAAAUGUUCUGACUACAAAGCUCAGCUUGAGUAUGAUGGUGGAAGAUUGAACAAAGUCUGUAAAGACUGUUACCAAAUAAUAAGUGGAUUCACAGACAGUGAAGAGAAGAAAAGAAAAGGAAUUUUGGAGAUUGAAUCUGCAGAAGUAUCAGGAAAUAGUGAAGUGUGCAGUUUUCUCCAGUACAUGGAGAAGUCAAAACCUUGGCAGAAAAUAUGGUGUGUGAUCCCCAAGCAAGACCCCCUUGUGCUGUACAUGUAUGGCGCUCCUCAGGAUGUCAAAGCCCAGGCGACCAUACCACUCCUGGGCUACAUUGUGGAUGACAUGCCCAAGAGUGCAGAUCUGCCACACAGUUUCAAACUGACCCAGUCCAAGUCUGUGCACAGCUUUGCUGCAGACAACGAGGAACUGAAACAGAAAUGGCUGAAAAUCAUCCUUCUAGCUGUCACAGGUGAGACACCAGAUGGACCGAGUGAGCAUCUAGCCAGCUUGAACAAUCUCCCUGGACCCAAGAGAAAGUCAGAAUGCUAAACUGCAGCAGCUGCCAGUGUGGAGUCUCAAGUAAGACCAAUAGCUCAAGACAUCCCCAACUCUCCUUCCUCAUCUCUUAGCACUUUAUAUUGAGAAAUAUGGUUUCAUAAAUACAUCUUUUGGGGACUUUUUAAAUAUGUUUGUAUACUCUUAGUAAAAUCAAUGUGCAGAGCUAUUCUUCUGUUGAAGUUCUGAAAUAAUGUGGGAAGUGAAACAUUUUUGAUAAGCUAUUCCUUAACUAUGUGUGUUGGCCUUGACGGGGUGGGUAACCAUGUCAGUUGAUUGUAUCACUACCUGGUUAUAAUGGGCCUUUCAUUUAAGAAAUCCUUCAAUGUCUUGUUCACUUGUAACAGUGUGAAAGAUAUACCUCCAUGUAACCAAAAUAGAUCUAUGAUUUUAAAAAAAAAAGUACAGGGACAGUUUAGAGAGUACUGUAUGAACUUGUCUAGUCUCAUACUACAUUCAUGGUUUCUGUUCUUGUACAACACAAAGAAAUAUAGGUUGUUGAUGUUCAUACUUUUUGACUUAAGAUAAUACUGGGUUUUGUAGAAUUACUCCUAAUAAUAAAAUAUCUAAAAUAUAAAUCAAUGUACUUGUAUAUAGUAUCGAAAUAAGUAUGAACAUGUGAGCUUCUCUCUUCAGCUUUAGUUUUGUUUUUACUCUGGUUCAUUUUUUAAAUAUAAAACCUAUUUUAUCUCUGAACUCAGCACUGUUCUAAAGUUAAUAAAAAUUUUGGGUAAUUUAUGUUGAACUGAUUGGAAUCUAAAUGUAUUCAUAUUUUUAUAGUAAAAAAGCAGUAAUUAUGUGAUGUAGGAUAUAGUUUGAAUUCCAACAGUAUUUUUAGAGUGCUAUUUUUUUUUGUUCUAUACCUAUUUAAAACAGUGCCUCUCUUAGAAGGUGCUAUUAAUACUUAUUUAGAUAAAAGAUGAGGGUUUAGUUAAUGUUAACUAAACAUUAUUAUUUUACCUAUUCUGAUUAUUCUCAACUUAAGUGCACUUUGGUCACUGAGAUAAAAAAUUGUAUGGAUGAUUUUACAUUUUACAAUAACAUAAUUGUCUUAGUAAUUUAAUGUCAGUAUAUACAAAAACUUUCACUAAAACUUGAACUAUAUAAGACAUUUAACCUUAUACAGACCUGGGAUAUGUGGGAAACAUUUGUUUAAUGUUUAAUGUUUUCCUUUCCAUAAGACUAUUGUGAAUGGUAAUAAUGAACACUUAAGAUAACUGUGUGAGCUUUCCUUUUAUCAGCUACAAAAGCUUAUACAUGUGCCAACUUACUUGGGAAAAGGAGUUAUUAGAUAGAUAGUAGAGGAAAUUUAUGUUUAAUCAUGCACUAGAAAAGAGAGCUGAAAUCAGUAUUGCAGAAUCAAUGGCAGGUUUCCAGGAGAUGCAAAGCAUUGAAGAAAGUACAGAAUUAUUCUCCCUUUUUUAUCCCACAUGGAAUCUCAGAUGAACUAUGGCUGUCUAUUAUAAAUAUAAAGUCUGCUCUUCAUUAGUUUGUAACUAAAAUGUCAUUUUGAAUUGACUAUUUAACUUUUAAUACUUUUCUCAGAGGGUUUUUUCUCACUUUCCCAUACUCCAAGCAUUACCACUCUUACAGUACUGUUUACUAGGAAUCGAUAAGAAUGUCUCCACUACACACAGUCUUUAAGGGCUACACUUGAGAUGUAAGUAUGGUUACUCAGAAUUUGAGACCACCACAUGUUUGUUUAUACAGCUCAUGCUGCAUGAGUAAUGUCUCUUGUUUUUCCUACUUCAAAGGAGCAAGGGAACCAACCAGGUUCCCUUCGUCCAUGAAAUCCCAGACAUGAUCACUAACAUUAAAUCAUCUACUCAGAGCCGCCAGUGGGAGAAACAAAAAGCCAACUUCUUAUUCCCUACUAAAUGAGGGCCGGAAAAAAAAGAAAAAAGAAAGAAAUUGUACAUUGUUUUUCUUUUCUAGUUGUCUGCAUUGAUGCUGCGUUUGGGUGGGAGAAAGAGACAGGUGUGCAGGGUACCUGUUGACAAAAUUAAACAGCAGCUAGACUUGUUACUUUACUUUUCAUAUCUCAAGAAAAGAGAAGCAGUAAAAAUGUAGAAUGACUAUCAAAAUAAAGAUAAAUAUUUUGUAAAUAUAAAUAGAAUAAUGAAUGAGAUAUUCCACUUAGAAGAUUUAUGUCAGAUUAUUUAAAAAAAUAUAUUUGAUGAGCAAGAAGACUCAUGUUUGCCUACCAGCAAAUUCUUGAAUAGAAGUAAUGUGGAUAGAUAUUCAGUGUUGUUUAACUUAGCUUAUUGAAAGAAUACUCAUACGAAGGAUGUUAGCAUGCUCUUAUUGUUCAUUAAAUUAGGAUGUUAGUGCCAGAAGAGGAUCUGUGGCCAUCGGGUGCCACCUUUACCGCCCUCCCCACACUCUUAGCCAAGCACAACGAGCAUCUGUCCCCAUCUCACUCUCAAAAGAAUCACUGAUGUUUUCAGUAGGGGGAUUAAGAAAAGUAAUAGAGUAGUAAUAUUAGUUACUUGCUAAAAACUCAGCUCUGGGGCUAAGGAUGAGAAACGGAGUUCAGUCAGAUCUCCAGAACCCACACAAAGGCCAGGUGAGCACGGCCCAGCACAGCAGAGGCAGGGACAGGAGACCCUGGUGCAGGUUCGCUAGCAGACAAGCCAAAGCAGUGAGUACAGGUGCAGCAAGUCACCUUGCCUCAGUGAGGUAGAGAGGUACCAAGGGAGUCACCUGACAUGAAACUCAGAUCUCCACACAUAUGCAUGGAUAACGUGCACUUAUACACAUAUUCAAAAAUUUAAAUAAACUCUAAUCCAAGAGGUAAUUAGAAUAGUUAACCUUUCUGAGAUAACUGAGGUUUCACGAUAAAUUGAACCUGAAAAAUAUAAGUUACUUUCUUAUUCAAAUAAAUGUUCUAUAUGGUUCUUAAUUUGUUGUUUCCUCUAAUUCAAUGCUUUCAAAAGUCAUCUUCAAGAGAAGUGUCCUUGCAAACUUAAGAAAGUAUUUAUUUGAUAAAACCAUUAUUCAUUUAAAGCAUUCCACUUUUGUUGAAAGUCUACCAUUUAGUAAAAGUGAGAUGUAGUGCAUACUUUUAUCUUGAGUUUUUUAAAAUGGAGUUCAAUAAUGAAAAAUACCACUAGCCACUUUUGUAAUAAUGGCAAGCAAUAAAACUCUCCAGGUAUGAGUUUAUGCUAAAAGUUGAAGGCCCUAAGCCACAGCAUAUAGAGAAUCAGCUUCCUAGGAGUGACAUGGUAAUUGAAAUUGCUGAGCAUGGGGAAAGAAAGGAACAGAAGCCAUUGUUCCAUGGUUUCAGAUACUAUCAACUGUGUUUUAGUUUUACCAAGAAUAUGUACUAUCUUCAUUGGGUAAACUACACCAAUUAUUUUUAAUUAUAAAAAUUAACCUUGUAAAUGUUUCCUGUGGAAUUUUCUAAACAGAGUAUUUGUUGCAGUCACAACUGUUUAAAGAAAAAAAAAAAAAAAAAAACACCUGUAAAUUCUGCGGUACUUCAGGGUUAUUGAAGAGUCAUUGAUCCUUCUAAAAGCCUUUUCCCAAAAAUACUUCUGGGGUUCAUGAUUCUGUUUUUCCUUCUCCUCCUUGUUGAGAUAGAAAUGGUUUCUCUCCUUCAAUUAUUUUCAAUUAUCAUUUGUUUAUCUCCAAAGCCUUAAGUUAUUCAGAGCUUUUUGUCUGCAAUGCAUUGUUAAUCAUGAGCUCUCUGCAGGUGUUGUGAUAGCAAAUGAGCAGAAAUAAGAGCAAAUAACUGUCUAGGAAGCACAGGUCUUGUUCCGGCAGUUAUCUCUGGUGUUAUACAGAGUAGAAAGUAACUUUACUUUCCUACAUCACAUGAUGUUCCUGUUAAUAGAUCAAAGAUAAGCACAUGGUAUUUAUAAUCUAAAAUCUGAAAAACAAGAAAAUCUUUGUAUUUUCUUUCUUUAAUGUUGUGUUCUUUGAGUAUAUGAAUAUAUGAACUAUGGCUAAAGAGUUCCUCUUGUUAGAAUUAUGUUGAUAUCUAUAGUGGAUCCUAUAACUUCUUCAUUCUUAGUUUCAUUAGAAUCAAAUUACUUUUUAUUUUAAUAUAACUACUGAGCUAUAGGUUCCCUAGAUUUUAAAAAAAUGAGUAUUAGACCACUUGCUCUAUCUAAAAGCCCCAUCUGUGACUUUAUAUGUAUAAAUGUAAAAAAUAUUACUCUUCAAUUCUCACCAAAGGAACAAAAUGUUAUGUAAAUUUUAAUUUAAGUGUUUUAACAAAAAUUAUUCACAGGUAUUCAAUGUUAUAAUUCUUCUUUACACAUGCCCCUCAAUCUUCCCAGGUUACAGGAAGAGACAAUGUUGCUUUUGUUGCAGGUGUAGAGAGAGGAAUAUGGUUAGCAGCAGAAGCAACAGAAAUGAAUAGAUGUGGGUAAGUGGACUGCUGGUCUCCAGGGAAGAGCAACAUAGCAAAACACUGAGCUGCGCACGGAAAAUCAAGUAGAAGAUAUCCAUGUACUUGUUUGUUGAUGGAAUCCUUGUACCCAGGCUUUGGCCUUAGCCUCUAAAUUAUAGAUGACACUAUCUUAUUAUUGCUUUCUUUUUUCUUUAAGCUUUUAAAAAAUUUUCUGCUGGUUUUGACUCUAAAUUCAACUCUCUAAGCUAAGGGCAUGGCCAAAUGCUGUGUCUUUUAUGUACUUCAAGAUAAAAUAAAGCAUGGCUUCUACAAGACAGUUAAUUUGUUGGGGGAGCAUCCCUGGAAGUUGCAAGAAGGUUUUCCUUUGUCCUGAAAUUCAUUUUGGUCAAUUUAAUAAAAUAUCAAGUCAUAUUUUAAUAUAUUUUAAUAAGCGAAUGCUAAAUACAAAGUAAAGACAUGUUUGGGGACAAGCAGGCCAUGGAGCCCAUUGCGACACAGAAUUGCAUUGUGUGUUAUGGUUUAUGAGAACUCAAAUGUAUCAUAGGUACCAUUAGCAUAUAAUCAUUCACAUAUAAAACCAAACUGGUAUUUCAUCUUUUAAGAGACAAUUAACUGUUAUUUAAAAAUAAGUAUUAUCUUGAUUUUUCUUUUGACAUGAUGACUGAGUUUGAAAGGGCAUAUCAGAAUAUUAUAGUUGACGCUAAUGUGAAAAAAUAAACACCCAAUUUUCCAGUGGUAUGAAUGUAAAAUACUUGGACAUAGUGUAUAUAUAGUGUAACAUCUGUAUAUUUGAUCAUAAAGUCAGGUAAUUGAAAACAUUGUAAAAUUAAACCCUUCAAUUCUUGUUAAAUAUGAAACAUUUGUAUCUUGUAAAUAAAGAUCCUUAAAUUGGUUCUGGA